UAUGACUAGCGGCGGAAAAUCGCCAGUUACAUCAACACCCGAACAACAACAACAAAAAACAAAUGAUGGAAACACUAACAGCCCUAAAACAAAUGAAAAUAAUGAAGAGGAAAAUAUAUCAGAAAAUGCAACAAUAUUAACAACAAAAACAGAAGAAACAGAAAAAGAAGAGGAGAAAGGGGAAGAAAGCGAGGAAUCAGAAUUGAAACAAAAUGAGAAUCCACAACAAAAGCAAAAAAAUCAUUUACGCCCGGAUGAAUACAAUGAUGGUCUUUGGGAUGCCGAACCUUUUUAUUAUUGUACAAACGGGCCGACUACAGCGAGGGGAUAUGUCCCUUCUGACGAGCAAUCGGGUGCUGGGAAGCGACAAAAACGGGGGUUAAUUUAUAAAAAACGUGAAAAUGUUAGUGGAGGUGCUGCUAAUGAAUAUGAAUGUUUUCAAUCACAUGAGGGAAUUGUUUACAGGCAUGGAGAUCAUGUUUUUGUUGAAAGUUGUAGAGAAGACCCUUUUCUUGUUGGGUCGAUUGUUUCUUUUAAAAUGAAAAAACGAGAUCAGCUUCUAGUCAAAUUGUUACGCUAUUAUAGACCAAACGACGUACCUGAAUUGUCUUAUUCACUAGUUACACAGGCGCGAAUUGAAGAAGGACAAUAUAGUCAAUCAACAGCCUCUCCCCAUUCUCUUCAUUGCCGUGAGCUAUUCUCCUCUGAAACCACUUUGCUCUUUCAUGUCGCCGCUCUCCGUGGCAAGUGUAGUGUACAAUCAGUUAAAGAUUUGCGGACGGCGCUAGCCGAAAUAGACUUUGGAGACGAUAACGCCUUUUUUCAUUGCCUCAAUUAUAAUCAGGAGAGUGGUAGACUUGCUUCUUGUCAAAUGAGUAUUAAAGUUGGGAGUGCUUAUCAGGCAAAUAUCCCUUCCUGCUCCUCUUCAACACUCAGUGAUGACCCAGAUCGGGAUGAGUUGCUGUACAGACCCGGGUAUUUGUGCCCCGAAACUGAAGAUAAAUAUGUCAAAAUGGCAAGGACUUUUAGAACAUUUUCUUUAAUGAACAAUAAAAGAAUUACAAUUUUGGAAAAGUCAGCACGUACCGGCGAUUUAUUAUUAGAUGAUGCUGUGGUGGCUUUACAUAGAAGUGGGUAUUCGGUAAUGGAUGCUAUUAAUACAAUGCAGGCAAUAGAUACACACUUAACUACAGACAGCUCUUUUAUGAAUGCAGACGAUGUGAAAAAGUUUGGAAGAGGAAUAAAACAAUAUGGAAAAAACUUUAAUAAAAUUAAUAAGGAUCUCCUGGGAAACCAUCGCAGAGAGCAAUUAAUAGCUUUUUAUUAUUUAUGGAAGAAAAGUGCAAAUGCAACAAGACCUAAACCUUUAGGCAAUUCAAAGAGAACACAAGUUUCUGUUGCUUCUUUUAGUCGACGUGCUAGAACAACUGCUAAUAGUACAUUUAAUGGAAUUGGUAAUGGUGGUAAAAAUGCUUUAACUAAUGCAGCUGAGGGGGGAACUCCGCCGCCUUCAACUGAUUCUGGGGAACAAGUUGAUGCUUCAACUAAGUCGAAUAGUGGAGGAGAAAAUUCAAUUUCUCCACUUGACGAACUUCAAGAUUAUGCAAGCGCUUCAGAAGCAGAAACUGAGCAGCUUGAUUCUCAACCGGGAGGCGUUGGUCGUGCAUGUCAUCAUUGUUUCUCCUCAAAAUCAGUUGAUUGGCAUCAUGCCGGGCACGACCGUUUACUUUUAAUGUGCACAGAAUGUCGAAUAUUUUAUAAGAGAUAUGGACAACUUCGACCAGUAGAAAGGCCUAGCACUGUUCCCCCUUGUCUUCUAAUGCCAGCAAACACAACAACUUCUAGGCAAGACAGUGAAGAAGAGGAUGAGAAUGAAGAACCUUUUAAUGGACGUUCAAAUCGUUUGAGAACGAGGGGAGGAGGAAGUAGACUUUUGCCUCAAAGAACGCCUAGUUCUUUAGAUUUAAUGGAAAGUGGAGGAGAACAACGACUUCGGGGAACUCCACAAAAGUUAGAAGAAGAACAACAGCGACGUAGCACUCCAUUGAGAAAUUCUGCUGGGAAAACGGGUCGAAAACGUGGUGGAAAUAAUAAUAAUAGAGGAGGAGGAGGAGAUUCUUUAUAUGAUGAAUCUACCCCAACCCCACCAAAAGGUAAGAGGUCAAAAAAAGGAAAUGUAGCAACUACAACAACAACAACCUCUCCCCCAUCUUCUUUACCUUCCAAUACAGCAGAUGAUUCUCGUACUCCUUCACCUCCAACAACAACAGUAAAUGUUGUAAAAGAAGAUAAUGAACAAAAUGAGAAUAGUAAUAAUAAUACUAGAAAGAGAAUAUCUAAAAAAGAAAAAUUAAAACAAGAAAAAAUUAAUAAAGAUAAGAUUGAAAGUAGUGAUGAUAAUACUGCUAAAAAAGUGAAGUUGGAACGUGCUGAUUCACAUGCGGGUAUAGUAACUCCCCAACCUGCUACAGAAAAUACAACAACUAGUACCUUGUCUUCUCCAAUAAUUGAAACUUGUAUUACUCUGAAAGAAGAACAAAUAUCCGAUGAUUUGCCUUCAAAACAGAAAAAAUCAGAAAAACAUUCAAAAUUAAAUUUAGAAACUUCCCAAGUUUCUUCACCAAAAAAUUCUCCCCCAGUUGGAGCAGCUACAAUAAUUAGUCGUAAACCGGUAGCUAAAGUAGAGCCUUUGGAAACUAAUAAAGAAGAGGUUAAAAAUGAAAUAAUUGAACAAAUUCAACAACAAACAAGUCAACAACAAGAAGUGGAAGAGAGUUGCAAAAUUGUUGGAGGAGGAGGGGAAGAAGAAGAACCUUCAAAUAAUACAACAAUUAUUUGUGUUGUUUCUUCAGAUGAUGAGGAGGGGGAUGAAAAGGAGGAGGAAAAUAAGAAAGAAUGGGAACAAGAUUGUGGUCCGUUGGGUGAAGUGGAUUCAACAGAAAUUUAUAGAACUGUUGAAGGGAAGAAGGACAGUAGAGGAAAGUUGAUAACCAUCGAAUCUCGAACAAUUUUGGAACGUCGAUUAAAACGAAUUUCUGGUUUAACAUGUGCCCGUACAGAUAUUGCUUAUUUGGAGUCUCCAGAACGUGCUAGACAUAAUUUACAAAUGCGAGAACGUGAACGUUUAAAAAAAGAACAGGAAAGAGCAGCAAAACAACAACAUAAACAAAUGAGUGUUGCUACUAUUCCAGUUGUUCAACCUUUAAAAAAGAUGGAAAUGCCUGCUGAAUUUGGUGGACAACAACAUCAACAACAACAGCAGCCUUCUUUAGUUUAUCUUCCAAAUGGAGCUACUAUUCCUUGUGUUUCUGGCAAUAAUCAACAGCAGCAGCAACAACUUGCUGCUUUGCAUCACCCAAUGAUUUUAAAUGGAACUUUGCUUCCUGGAAACAAUAUUGUAAAUAUGCCUGGAGGAGGCCCUAUCCUCUCCCAAUUUAAUUCUUUUGCUGCUCCUCAACAGUCAAAUGAGGUCUCUUCAACUUUCUCUUCUGUUGCUUCUUCUACUCUCCCUUCUGCUUCAACAACAUUGCCUGCUUCAACUUCCUUGACUACACCACAAGCUUUCCAACAACCUCAACAACAACACCCACUUGUUGCAAUAGGGGGAAAUCAUCAUCAAUUAAUAAACAAUCAACAGAAUUUGCAGCAGCCUUCUGCUAUAACUCCGCUUGUGAAUCAAACACCAGCAAAUGCUGCAGCUUUAUUACAUCAACAGCAACAACAACAGCAAGAGAAUGCGAUAUUUAUGCAAAUACUUAUGGGAAGUGAUCCUCGCCUUGUUCAGCAAUUACAAACAAUGUUUCAUAUGCAGCAGCAACAACAACAGUCUCUUGCACCUCCCUCUGCAUCAGCAGCCUCAACUGCUACAACAAACACUGCUUCAGCUCCAAUUCCAACACCUAAUAUUGUUGCCCAGCAACAACAACAAAUGCUCCAAAUGCAGCAAAUGCAAAUCCUUUUUGGUCUCCAACAGCAACAAGAACAAAAACAACAACUCGAACAAUUUCAACGUCAACAGCUACAACAGAAAAAUGCUCAACAACAGCAACAACAAAGAGCAACAUCUGUUGCUUCCACUAGUACAAACAUUCCUCAACAACAUAUACUUAAUGGUUAUCACCAAAAUAACCAACAACAUAAAUUGGGUGGUGUUGGAAAUAAUAUUGUUAAUCCUUCACAACAUUUUUCUCAUCAGUCUGCUGCUCAGCAUAAAUCCAAAAAAGAAUCUGCUUCUUUAAAAAAUCAGCAUCCACAGCAAAAUCAACAAUUUUCUCACUUACAGCAAAACAACGAUGCACUUAUGAAGCAACUUUUUUACGGGGCUCAACAACACCAACAACCUCCCCCAAAUAUCGGAGCAGCAAAUAAUUUAAAAGAUGCCCAACAACGUGCUGUAAUGUUUGCUGCUUUACAACAACAGCAACAAAGGAAUAAUAACAAUUUUCAACAGCAGCAACAACAACAACAAUCUUCUAUGUUGGCAGCUGAAAUGGAAGCAAUUUGUAAUAUGUUUCAACAACCACAAAAUAAUAAUUCUGCUUCAAUUAAUAUUCAACCGCAACAAUUACAAGAAAUGUUGGCUGUGCUAGCUGCUGGCGGGGCGGGACUUUCUCAGCAAGAUCAAAGGGUGUUGGAAGAGCAAAUUCGACUUAUCAUUCAAAACCAACAACAAGCUCAACAACAGCAGCAACAAAAACAACUGGCUGCCGCCGCUGCUGCUGCAGCACAACAACAACAAGCAGCCCACGCUCAACAGCAACAACAACAAAAUGCCCAACAACAGCAAUUAUUUGCUGCUUUAGCUGCUGUUUCUGCUGCAAAUGGAGGAAGUAGUGGACACGACCAAAUUAUGGCUGCACAACAAAUUGCUCAAAUUGCUUUGCAACAACAACAGCAGCAACAAAGCCAACAACAACAGCCUUCAUCAUCAACCAAUAAUAAUUCUGCCUUUUUCCAACAGCAACAGCAACAACAAUUUCAGCAACAAUUUUUACAAUUUAUGGCUAUGCAGCAACAACAGCAACACCAGAAUGUUUCUCUUAUAAACAAUUCUACUUCCAAUAAUCAACAACAAUUAACUCCAGAACAGCAACAUUUAUUUCAACAACAAAUAGAAUUGUUUAGAAGGCAACAACACAACCAAAAUGUUUCUUCUUCUAAUCCUCAAACAAUCCAACAAAGAACCCCUAUACAAGAACAAUCACAAUCUUCUUCUGAACAACGCCGAUGA